UAUUCCAUGCAUUUAAAGCUCUGGUCCCACCCCUGGUCACAGCAUGUCUGCAACUUGAGGGAAGAUGGUGCGUGGAAGCAAAUAUCUCGUCGGAUGGGAGUGACUCGGACACUGAACGCCCGCGUAGCCAAUGCGCUUACGGAUUGUUUUAACUGGGGUCUGUUCAGAUAUUGCUGUCCGUACACAGAUUCAGGCCACGGCUAGUUCUUUCACCCCGAUGACCUAACACUUGUUACCCUGAUGAUUAACAAAUGUAUCUCUUCAAAAUGACUAGUUUACACUGCUGCUCGACGCUCAGUGAAACAGGUGCACUCUCGGUACAAAAAAAAUGAUCUUUUGUAUCGCAAGUAUAGUUUGGUGCAUGGAUGAGACGCAACAGAAUACAAGGCGCGCUUUUAUUCACUGUCGUCACAAAGACAAAAGCUGACAUCCUGGAAACCGCGCCGGCCAUGGCAACUGAUUAACUUACGUAAACUCACUUAUACAUGUAUUGCUGGUGCGUUGUCUUGAUGGACUGAGUAAUUAGAUAUAGUGGUUAAAUAAUCUAACUAAACCUGCAGCAGAUGUAAGAUUCUGAACAUCAUGAAUAGAGCGGUGCAGCAUCCACCUCAAUCCGGACGUAACACGCCAAAUGACGGAUUCUUUGAUUCCAGGCACUUCAUGGAGCUCGAUUACAUCCAACAUCGAGCGGAGAGGCGAAGAAAAGAAGCAGCGAGAGAGGAAUUCCUAUCGGCGCAACGUCAACGCACCGAGGAGAAACCGCUCCGAGCAUCCACAGAGGGGGAGAGCCAAGAUGAAGGCCCAGAGGUGAAGCAAUCGUGCCAGUUUUGUCGUAGAGCAGCCGCUCAACCCGUAUUUAGGGACGAUACGUCUACUUUUAAGGCUCUUCGUCGCCCACUUGCCCCAAGGUGCACCUGCAUGGACCCAACAGACGGUGGACUACCGAUUCUCCCCAUCGAGUACCCAGUUGACAUCGACGACUGGGCCGACAAGCCCUUCAGCACCAUCGCCAGUGGGGGUGCGCUGGGUUACCGUGACCUCUUCCCGCUCCUUAUGCAGAGGUGUACAGAGGCAGAGGAGAAAGAUACCACCCAAGUGCAGACGGAGACACGCCGGCACUCCAUCGUGACGACUGACUACCUAACUGGCAUGAUCAAGCUGGAAGGUACAGGAGGGGAGCACGUGCACAUGAAUGUCUUCCCUGUACUUCAUGUCGUCGUCAGUAGCGACGAAGACGAUGAUGAGGGAUCACCACUCGAUAGUACUGAUAGAAGCGAACUGGCAACUACUCCAGAUGAUGCACUCUGUUCACCGAGAACAGAUCACGGUCUGGUCUCACCAAGAAGACCGUCUGUUCAGUUCCCAGCUACUCAACGGCGUUCGUCCUUGACUCCCAGCGGCUACUCGGGUCGUGCUUCGAUAAGUCCCGGCGCCGCCAGGUCCCGAGUAAUCCGCAGGCGAUCAGUCGACCACGGAUCGCUGGCACUGUCGUUCGCCAGAGCACUAGAGGCAGCCUCAGAUGCCAUGACACCCAUUUCGGAAGGCCGCGAGGGUCAGAAUGAGACUGCUGGUGAGGACUUCGACGUCAAGCACGCGGAGGAGACUAUGAUCCAAAUGGCACAGAAUCUACAGACCCUCGAGGAAUUUCUUGAAGGGUCAAGUUCGAACAGCUCGGUGUCUGACACCAGCAGCGACAAUGAUGACACUUAGUCUUCUCUAGGUCGUUUUUUCCCUCUAAAAGUACCCCCUCCAGUAAUUCAUACGUCUCAUCAGUCAGCUUAAUGGAAAGUUUCAAUACCGCUUUAGCAAGGGUAGAAUUUAACUUUGGAAGUCAACAAGAGUUUCGUAGUAGAGAUCUUAGGCAAGAACAAGCCAGCCCCUCACCAUAAUCUUUGUCCAAUGGGUGUUAGGGGUGUUAUUUUUUGGCACUUCUUGGCACUGUCAACACACAAAAAGCAAUAAGCGAUAAAAUUAAUGAAAUAUAGAAACGUCGUUACUUGAAUUGAUUUCCAGCUAUCAGCCCCCUGCCGCAGUGUGAUGAUUUUGUCCGCCCCAAUCUAAUGUCUCCUCCUGCUCGCCCGCACGGAUUCACGCCACUGAAACUGAACCAAAAACUCAAUUGUGUGGGGUUUCGUGGUUAUAUUGUAAGACAAUCUUCAAUUUUGAACAGAUUUAACUUGGCACGGUUAACAUUAUGCUCCCCAAUGCACGUAGAAAAAUCCUUUGAAAAAAAAACGGCUUGUCUGGGUCCCCUUUUUGAAUCAUUGGACAUUGUUUCCAAGGAUGAAAUUUAUUUCAUUUGAAAAUGGGAUAAACUUUGAAAAAGAAAUUUACGGGCCAAGAAGGUGGAAAGUUUUCCAAUUUUUGCCACCCCCGCCCAAAACUCCUCAAAAGAAUCAAGGAAUUACCACCAUUGAUAUAAUGUGUUGUCGAAUGAUAAAGUUGUCCAUUGACACAGUCUGAAGAAUUUCAAGACGACCAAUUCGUAGAAUUGCAAACAA